AUGAGGCAGCAGGAGACGCUCCUGAUGACGAGGGAAGACGUCAUGGCUCGCGAGACGCGUUUGGCGGAUCGUAAGGCACUCCUGGACGCCAGAGAGCGGGAGAUCUCUCUCCAAGAGGAGAAGCUCGAAGGCACCCUUCGCGCCAAGGAUGACGAACUGGAGGCUCUAGUGCAGGAGCAUACCAAGGAGUUGGAGGACAAGCACAAGGCAGCCAUGGACGCCCUCACCAUUAACUCUGCCAUGCAGCUGAAGAAAAUCACUGAUGAUCUUGCUGCCGCAUUUGCUGCCAAAACUAAUCUUGACCGACAGGUGACCAAGCUGAUAGAAGAGCUUGCCGAAAGCACCAAGGAGGUGGAGGCCCUCAAGGAGGAAGCACGGAAGAUGGAGGCCAGGAUCGGCACUCUGGAAAGCGCGGCAGAGUCCAGCGAACUCCGCCAGCAGCAACUGACCAAGGAUCUGAACACAACCCAGCGCCUCUGGAAGGAUGCAGAGGACAAGCUGGCGAACCAGUCUGAGCAGGCGAACCUCUGGAUCAGGAGCAUGGUCUACGUGGCCAUGCGUCUUGCUGCUCAGACCGUGGCGAUGGGCAUGGAGGGGCCAGUCUAUUCGGGUAGCAAGCAGGAGACCCCUAGUGCCAAGCUGGGAGUCUUGUUCAACGAGCUGAUUGACAAGCUGAAGGCGCAUGAAGAGGGGAAGGCAGAGCGCUUCGCGACCAAGUCUCGAAAGCUUGCCGACGACGCCCUCCUCAUGGUCCUGAGCAACAUCGCUUGCCGCCACCCAGAUCUUGACCUCGACGACGGCUUCAGGAAGCCGUUGGCAGGCACCGACAUCUCUGCUACCAAGGAGAAAGCCGCCCUUCGAGCCGCCAAGGUCCUCCAUGUCCCAAAGGCCUCAAGCUAUCGCCAGGCCAAGUGA